CCGACCUCGGCCCAGCUCGCCGGCAACCAGGUCCGCGUCACGCUCGCGGCCCAGAACGACCCGAAGGACUAUGACUACCGGAUCGCGUUCGAGCGGGCCAUGGAGAGGAGCGAGGUCCUCGACACGUUGAUCGACGAGGCGGCGCAGACGUUCAAGGAGUACUACGGCAUCGAGGAGUUUGGCGACCCGUCGAUCCAGUCGCAGGACGACAUCCUUGUCGUCGGACGCCUGUGCCCCGAGACGGACGCGGCCAAGAUGACCGAGACGUCGACCUGGCUCGAGUCGUCGCGCAUGCUCGGCUCGGGCUCGCGCGUCCUGCUCAAGUUCGAGCCCGACAUGAAGGUGCGCGGCGCGCCGAGCGGCGGCGGCGGCAUGGCCAUGUUCCCUGGGUGCCUCGUCGCGCUCAAGGGGACGAACGGCGGCGGCAAGCUGUUUGCGGUCAAGGAGGUCCUCAUGAUGCCGCCGAUCGACGCGACCUACACGGCCCCGACCGAGCUCCUCGCCAUGCAGUACGGCGCCAAGGCCAAGCAGCUCAACGGCAACCCGAUGUCGGUCAUCGUCGCCUCGGGCCCGUACACGACCGAGCACGACCUCGAGUACGAGCCGCUCCAGGCGCUGCUCGGCCUCGUCCAGGAGGAGCGACCCGACGUGCUCAUCUUGACGGGCCCCUUUAUCGACUCGGCGCACCCGCUCAUCCAGCGCGGCGACGUCGACGAGCUACCCGGCCAGCUCUUCCGCACCCGCAUCUCGACCCGCCUCUCGCACCUCAUCGCCAACUCGCCCCGGACGAGCGUCCUCCUCGUGCCGCACGGCCGCGACUUGACGAGCACGCACGUCGCGUUCCCGCAGGCGCCGCUCGCGAGGGAGGCAGAGCUCGCCUUGCCCAAGGGUGUCCGCCUUCUGCCCAACCCGGCCAUGUUCAGCAUCAACGAGGUCGUGUUCGGCAUCACGUCGGUCGACACGCUGUGGAGCCUCAAGUCGCAGGAGUUCUUCCGCAAGUGCGCCGACGCCGAGCCGGUCGAAGAGGGGUCCGAGCCCGACCCGCUCGCCAAGGACGUCAUGGCGAGGACGUGCAGGCACUUGUUGCGGCACAGGAGCUUCUACCCGGUCUUUCCCUCGCCGCCGCCGUCCAAGAUGCUCGACGCGCUCAACCUCGACAUGACGCACUACGACCUCGUCAAGAUGGGCAGCUCGGGCCCCGACAUCGUGAUCGCGCCGUCGAUCCAGAAACACUUUACUCGCAUUGUCGACUCGACCAUCCUCCUCAACCCGUCCUUCCUCGCCAAGUCGUCGGCGCCCGCCUC